AUGAUGGGACUCGUGCCUGGCCGCCGCCGGACCAUCUCGAAUGCUAGCAGUCGAUCCUCGAGUGAAGCGGCGGAUCCCCUCGACGAUGACACCCUCGUGGUCGAGCCCGACCAGGGAAAUGUCCUGUCCCACCUUAUAUCCCAGCUGCGGCCAGGCGCCGAUCUGAGCAGGGUGGUGCUCCCGACUUUCAUCUUGGAGCCGCGCAGCAUGCUGGAACGGAUCACCAACUUCAUGUGCCACCCCGAAAUGCUCCUGCCGAUUCCCGAGAUCGACGACCCCGUUGAUCGAUUUGUCGCCGUAGUUAAAUUUUAUCUGAGCGGUUGGCACAUCCGGCCCCCGGGGGUGAAGAAACCCCUGAAUCCCGUCCUCGGCGAGGUCUUUAGCUGCUACUGGGAUUUCCCCGACAACACUCGAGCCUACUAUAUUUCGGAGCAAACAUCGCACCACCCGCCCAAGUCAAGCUACUUUUACAUGGUCCCAGGGCACAACAUUCGGGUCGACGGGACGCUCAAGCCUAGGAGCAAGUUUUUGGGGAACUCGGGCCGCCAGCAUGAUGGAAGGAACAGCCAUCUUGUCGCUACUGAACCGGGUACUCUCACGCAACCGAACAUGUACGCCAGGGGCAUCUUGUUCGGGAAGAUGAAAUAUGAGCUCGGCGACCACAGUUUCGUACGGUGCCCGGAAACCGGGUUAUCAGCCGAUAUUGACUUCAAGGUCAAAGGCUGGGUCAGCGGUACAUACAAUGCCAUUGGGGGCGUCAUCAAAAAUGACCACACCGGCGAGAUUCUCUACGAGCUCUCCGGGUUGUGGAGCGAGGAAAUGUUUAUCAAGGAUGUGAAGACGGGGCAGAGAGAGAUGUUCUUUAACGCCUUGAAAUCGAAGCCCAGUGCUCCCAUCUGCAGACCUCUCGAGGAGCAGGCUGAGCGGGAAUCGCAACGGCUAUGGGCCAAGACAGCACAAGCGGUCAAGGAGCGCAACCACGAGCUCGCAACGGACGAAAAGACCAAGAUCGAGGAGGUGCAGCGCGAAGAGGCCGCCAAGCGGGCCAACGACGGCGUCGAGUGGCAUCCCAAGCUGUUUAGGCCGGUAAAGGGCGGGCCAGGUGGGCCAGAGGAGGGCGAAGAGGACCUCGAAUGGAUCAUCAACGCCUCAGUAGACGGGACGACCCCGGAAAAGCAGGCGGCACAAAUAAUGGCCAUCUACCCGAUCGUAGCGGGGCAGAAAUUCAACCAACAAAACGUCAUCCCCCCCAGGACCUCACUCUCCGAGGCAAACGGACCGCCAAAAGACCCCCCAAGCGCCGAAGGCAACCUGAUAGACUUUGGCGAUGACGAGCCAACAUCACAGCCGCCACCGGCGAAGGAGCAGCCGGCGUCGGCGGAGGGGCAGCCGCAGACUCCGGCGAACCCGCCGCCCCUCGAUCCGUCGCACCGCAGCACAGCCGAGAUCCAAGAGAUGCUCGCCUCGACGGGCAGCCAGGCCAAGGACGGCCCCCUGGUGGAUUUCCACGAGGACAUGAAGAAGGACCUGCCCGGCAGCGUCAAGCGGACUAACACAAACGGGUCGGAGGACGACUUUGUCGACGCCCAGGGGUGA